UGUAAAUGUCGAUCAUUUUUUUUCUUUUGAUUAACAUUAGAGUAAGUAAAGAACACCGUGAACAAUCUCAAAAGGAUUUGAACGAAUUGAAAAUUGCUGUAGCUAAAGAACUGCAAACAUCACGUAACUUACAUACACAAUUCGUACAAGAUAUAAAGGAUAAAUGUAAAGCGAUGGCCGCCGGCAAUGGUCCUUCAACGGGUCAAAAAUAUAAAAUAAAAUUUUUGGAAGCCCAUUUGGAGUCAACAAAGAAACGAAGCAACGAAUUAGCGGUUGAGAAUGCAAAAUUACGUCGCGAACUUUCUGCGAAAAGCGCUCGUCUGAAUGCAUUAGAAGCCACUUUAAAGGGGGCCAAGGGAUGUGCAACUCCUGAUCAAACACGACUAGAGUUUAAUACUCUGGUGAAAAGACUCGCCAAAAAAACUUUUUCGCAAAGAUAAAGUACUUAAACUGAGUGCUGUCACUCUCUCUCACUCUCGGAUCUCCCGUUCACUAACUUACUUCAGUUUUUUUUAAUGUCAAUUUGUUUGGUUGGCAAAAUGGGUGUGAAUAUUUCACUUUUGCUUUAUCAUUUUUUGAGAAAAAAUAACAAUUUUUUUACAAAUA